AUGCUGUCGGUAGUAGUACUCAAGAUUAAUAAUGAGAAGAAUAAUUUUGAAAGGCCAAAUGAAGCGGAUUGGAAUGAUGAUAAGCAAUUAAAGUUAGAAAAUUACGUUCAGUCUAUUGCUAGUGAAACAGGAAAUGUAAAUGAUUUUUUUGAAAGAGUUGAAUGGUCGUAUUUAACAACUUACCUAAGUAUGGGGAACCAACAAUUUAUACAAAUGAAGGUAGAUGAGAUAUACGAAGAACAAUAUGCAACAAAAGUAAAUGAAAGCGGAGUAAAUACAAUCAUAGACGGCUGGAAAAAUAAGGAUAACCCAAUUUAUAAGGAGGUUUCCCAAUUAGUUGAAAAUUUGAAUAUACAAGCGUUUAAGGUGAAUGAAGAAAAUGGUCUAAGUGAAGGUACUGAUGAAAUUCAAGCUCCAGUAAACGGUAACCCAGAUCGGAUGGAUGGCAACUUAUUAGAAGAUAAUAUGGAUGAGGAUUCGUCCUUACCAGAGGGGGUAUCUAACAAAAAUGGAAAAGCAUCAACUUCCCCUAAAAUAGACUUCCCUAAACUUACUACAACUCAAAGGAGAAUGUCUUUAGAUCUUAUGUACACAGUUCCUAGGUUUUCUACUGGAAUACCAGAUCAAAUACCAGAUUUAACUAAGAAGAGACCAAAUUUAAGCAAACCAGCGUCAGCAACCACUACGAACAUUAAUGUUACAACUAAAACAGAUAUAAUUACGAAUUCAAACCAAAAGCAAUUAAUGGUUUCAAAUAGUAAUCGGUUUCAAAAGUUCCUGCGUAAAAUUAAACUGAAAAUUACUAGAAACGUAAAUGAAGUUACAUCAUCCCCAAAAAGCCCUUUAAUUGUUCAACUUGAUGAUACUUUGAAAGGCAAACCGGAAAAUAUUGUAGAUGAUUCUAAAAACGUUAACGGUAAACAAGGAAAAGACAGAAAUCGUUAUAAACUUUCGGGAUUAGAAAAAGGAAGAAGACUUUCCUUGGUUGGAGAGAAUUUACCAUUGUACAUUAGGCAACAGUUAGAGCCAAAUUAUUCUAAUCAGAAUCCUGUUCUUGAAAAUUCAUCAUUUCAAGUAGACUCUGCAUCUUCUCGAUCUUUAUCAAGAAGACAAUCAAGAAUGCAUAAUCUUUUAGAAAAUUCACAAUCUUUGUAUUCCCAAUCGAAAGAUUUAUCUUUGGUGGGUUCCGGGACAAAUCAGGACGACAAUACUAUGCCAAAUACGAGUGAAAUUGAACGACUCAAUGAAAACAACGACGAGACUGAAAAUGGGUCUGAUGACGAUAAGGAAUACAUACUGCCUGAUCUGUUGGCUCGAUAUUAUGGCAGCGAUGCCAAUGAGGAAGACCUUAUCACUAAUAUCAAUGAAAUAGAGGACGCUUUUGACUUUAUAAACGUCAGGAGCUACGAUGCAUAUGAAGACAUGGAAGAAGAAGACGAGGAAGAAGAGGAUGACGAGGAUUAUAAUGAAGAUGAUGAAUAUCUUUUUAAAAUAUAG